AUGAAGACUCCUAAAGCGUGCAACGAGUGCCGCAGGAGUAAGCGGAAAUGCUCCCGCCGAGAUGGCCGACUAGGAGACUCGUGCGAUCAGUGCCAGGUUAAGAAUCUGAGGUGCACAGCGUCUUUGGCCAAUGCCGAUCUUCCGCCCCGAGUUCAUUCCCUGCUGCCAAAAUCGAGUCUCGCAGCGCAUCAGGACACUUCGAUCGACGUGCCUGUUGACGUCGCUGCUCGCCUUGUGGAUCACUAUCUCACCAGACUUCACAAUCGACCUCAUAGCUUGUUCCACCCAGCUACCCUAAAGAGACAAGUACAAGAUGGUUCUAUCAAUAAGGCUCUACUACUCUCCAUCUGCAGUAUAGGCGCCAGAUUCGACCAUGAUGAUGAGAUUCGUUCUCUCGAAAACAUCUACAAUAACGAGUCUAAACGGUUGCUUCUGGCCGAUUUAGAAAACAUUUGCAUUGAAAACGUGCAGACGUGCAUCUUGAUCGCUAAUCUCUACGCUGCCCACCUCAACCCCUCUUCGGAAGCCCUGUUCUUCCGCAUAGGCGUCAACUUGUUGCAAAUCAUAGACGCUGGGACUUUCUCGGUGGCCAGGACAUUGAUAGAUCGUGAGAUAAGGAUAAGGGCGUGGUGGACUCUGUAUAUGGCUGAUCGCUGGUCAUCGUCGAGCCUUGGGCUAGCACCGCAGAUCCGAGACUCCGAUAUUGCUGUUGAUCUUCCAAUACAUGAGCCUAUCUUUGAGGCUUUCUCUCCAGACCAGAUCAAACUGAACGUUCCCUGGCAGCCAGGACUUUGGGUGCACAAGAUAUCUCUCGUUCGCCUGUUCGGACCGAUCAAGGAUCUCAACCAUCGCAGUGCCUAUGGCAACAUCAGUCAUGACGAGAUCGAAUCGACUGUUGCAUCCCUCUCAAAAUUGCUAGAUGACUGGGAAUGGACAAUACCUUCCAACGUCAGGCUGAGUACGGAGAAUCUUGAGCGAUAUAUCGAAGUAGGCCACGGAGGCGCCUUUAUCGCUCUUCAUUUGGGCUAUCAUCACUACGCCACGCUACUAUACUUUAGGUUCCUGGAGCCUGCGGUAUCAUCAUCACCUCUAGCGGCAAUAUAUAGAGCCAAGUGCAAGUUCCAUGCUUCUUCAUACAGCGAUCUUUUGAGAUUAGCUCGUCAGAGAGAAAACUGCGAAGUCAUCUACCCAACUGUCGGUCACAUGGCAGUAGUAUCGUCAUCAGUCCUGCUCCAUACGCUUUUGUUCAGUGUGGAUGAUGAUGUUCAACCCGUUCGGGAUGCCCUCAAUUCAAACUUUGAGGCGAUCCUUGAACUGCGACGUUACUGGCCAAACACCGAGUCCAUGAUCCACCGGCUCGUCACCUUUCAAAAUUAUUGCCUACUAUCUAACGAUUACAGAACACAUACACUUGACGGCUGGAUGUUGCGCUUCUUGAUACAGUACUCGCUUCCUCUCGGCGAGAAGGACGUUGCACCGGUGACGUCGGGCAUGGAUCUUGACAUGGACAGCUUUUCAGCCCGUACUCAAGCAGUCACUGAACAGGGCAGAUACACUAAAUUCAAUGUUGGAGACACAAUUUUGGAUGGCAUAAACAUGGAUAGUAGUGACGGAAGUGCUGUGAAAUGA